UUCACAACUUGUAUUGAGACGUUUAUAAUCGCUCGAUUGGGAAUUUGUAUAGCGGUUGUCAAUUUUAAGUUUUCCACUACCUACCUGACUACUACUCAUGACACACAAGUCAAGAUAAAGGGAGAGUACUUGCUGUUUCCAUGGUGACUGUCACUAGUGCGGAGAAACAAGUAUAACAUUUAUUUAUUUGAGUGUUCAUAUUGAUUCCUAUCAAUACAAACAGAUAUCGUUCGAAUAACACCGUCAUUUGACGGAGAUAACUGACAGGAGUGACUAUGCCGGGUUCUAGGUCUGGGUCCCGGUUGGAGGACUAUACUGUGUAUGGACCAGGACACAGCGGGGGCUAUGAUGUAUAUUAUAGUGUGCCGAGAGUAACCUUCAAACUGGAAGAAGACUUAAGAUACCCGUCUGAUGCUUACGAGGCGGAGUACCUGCCGAGAGAUGGCGCUUUGACACCAGGUAUGGACCGAUACGGGGCGAGGACGCCCAGCAGGGGACGGGAGUCGCCUCUCAGGCGAGCCAAUUCCCAGAUGUACAGACCAGUGUCAAGGUCGGCGUCUCGACAGGAGUUCGGAACACAGAUACACAGACAGCAAUGGGAUUAUUUGAAACAGCCUGACCCCCAGCAGGAUUAUCGAAACAAAGCAUACGCCAUGUACACCCCCGGGCCAUGUCCCCGCCCCCCUCCUAUAGAGAGAGGAGCAACGUUUGCGGGCUUUGGAGCAGAAGAUAUGGAUCCCUUCACCAAGCAGUAUUACAACAGACUGUGGAAAUCUCGCGUUCCUUCUACAAACAUAAACUUAAACAGAAUGGGAAGAGCAGGAGGCCGUUGGAGACAUGUAGAAUCAUGCGUAGCUAACACUGGCAGUAAUUUAACGUUUAUAGAAGGGACCGUCAAACAGGUGGAUAACGUGAUGACAGACCCCAUGACAGUAAGCAAUCCCACUAUGCUGCCACGGUACGGCCAGUCCAGACCAUUAGGGCGAGCUCCCUCACCAAAUCGUAAAAAUUCAAAGGAUACCGCCUUUAAUCAUAAAGCCAAGAAUGGGUUCAAAUACUGGUAUCAGGAACAAAAACCAAUAGACCGAAAUCUAGGUCGAGAUCAUGAUGAAACGUUGUGGGACAGUUUAGUCCGCUCCAAACAAAAAUCGUGGCAUCCCGUUUUCGCCUGAAAGCCAGACAGGUGGGGCUUGGCUAUUAACAUGUUGACCUGUAUUGGGGUCUCUGGUCUGUGGACAGGUGACUAAGGUACCGAGAUGUUAGCGUCUGUGAUAGUGUGACAUGGGCUGAAUUUCAUUGUGCUGACGGAUACACAAACGAGGCAUACGAUCUAUAUACAUAUGGUGCGACACCAUUAGAGCGUACAUGUGUAAAACUCUCCAUUCAACAUUGAUCGGUGUUAUUUAUUUGAAUCGAAUAGUUAUCUAUAGAUAAAGUUGGUUUACAGUCUAUUCAGCUAAUUUUCAUAUGUGUUAUUCUGUUCUAAGUUGGAAUCCUAUUUAAGUAAAUGUACGCUGCCUAGCCGCUGUAUACAAAAGUAAAAGUAAUGUCUAUUGCAAACUAGUACCCUCUAAGACACUGUUCGAUUUUUGUUGUUAAAGAGGAACGACAUAUUUCCUCUUUGUUUUACUACGUGAUUUUAGACUGAGCGGUAAAUGUGAUAUAAUUUAUCACCAUUGUAGAAUACUUGUGAGUGAAUAAAUUCAUGUCGUUGUCAGAAUUUACCUUCAAGCAUAACAUCAAAAUACAGUUAGAAAUAUCUGAAAAUGUGUUUUACCGUAAGGUAGACAACUCUAGAUUUGAACACGCAAUACUGUUUAUCCAAAUGCUGAAGUCGUAUUAACAAGUCCGUCCUAUUGGUUUAAAACCAAAAGCUACAGAAAGCUUUCGUGUAUGUCAUGUACAUUGUAUUGCUUAAUUUGUUACUCUAUUGUACAUUAUUUUAUUGAUGUUGAGACUUAGUCAAGGAAGUACCAUGUUGUAAUUUAUUGGAUAUCUAACGCAAAUAUUUGAAAUGCAAUUAAAAUAUUUUCACAUCAA